AUGGGCUCUGAUAAGCAGCCUGCGGGUCUUCUUGAUACACUCAAAAUGGAGAGGGUCAGAACUAUAUUUACCCACACUUAUCCUUACCCUCAUGAGCAUUCUCGCCAUGCUGUAAUUGCUGUUGCAGUGGGUUGCCUUUUUUUCAUCUCAUCCGACAACAUACAUACUCUUGUAGAAAAAUUAGACAACAAUGUUAAAUGGUGGUCUAUGUAUGGCUGCUUGUUUGGCUUCUUUUAUUUCUUUUCAUCACCAUUUGUAGGCAAGACUAUCAAGCCGAGUUAUUCAAAUUUCAGUCGAUGGUACAUAGCCUGGAUUUUAGUGGCUGCAGUGUACCAUCUUCCUAGUUUUCAGUCAAUGGGGGUGGAUAUGAGGAUGAAUCUAUCUUUGUUUUUGACAAUAUAUAUCUCAUCCAUUGUGUUUCUUAUUGUUUUCCACAUUCUUUUUUAUGGUCUCUGGUAUAUUGGCUUGGUUUCACGUGUGGCUGGAAAGAGACCAGAGAUCUUGGCCAUUCUUCAAAAUUGCGCUGUACUUAGUGUAGCAUGCUGUGUAUUUUAUAGUCAUUGUGGAAACCGUGCCAUGUUAAGAGAAAAACCGCUUGAACACCAAAAAAGUUCAAACUGGUUUCCUUUUUGGAAGAAAGGAGAGAGAAACACAUGGCUUGCAAAGUUUCUUCGGAUGAAUGAGUUGAAGGACCAGGUUUGCUCGUCUUGGUUUGCUCCAGUUGGAUCUGCAAGUGAUUAUCCUCUUUUGUCAAAGUGGGUUAUUUACGGAGAGAUAGCCUGCAAUGGUUCAUGUCCUGGUUCAUCAGAUGAGAUUUCCCCCAUCUACUCACUUUGGGCUACGUUUAUUGGGCUUUACAUUGCAAACUAUGUGGUUGAAAGGUCAACAGGUUGGGCUCUCGCUCACCCGCUCUCUGUUAAAGAAUUUGAGAAGUUGAAGAAGAAGCAGAUGAAGCCUGACUUUUUGGACAUGGUUCCUUGGUACUCUGGAACAUCUGCUGAUUUAUUCAAAACUGUUUUUGAUCUUCUAGUAUCAGUGACGGUGUUCGUUGGCCGUUUUGACAUGCGAAUGAUGCAGGCAGCAAUGAGUAGGGCUGAAGAUGGAAAGCAGCAUCGUGACCUUUUAUUUGAUCAUUUUAGUGAGAAAGAUGAUUUUUGGUUUGACUUUAUGGCUGAUACUGGUGAUGGUGGGAACUCAUCUUAUGCCGUUGCACGGCUACUUGCAAAGCCUUCCAUUCGUACAAUGAAAGAUGAUGCUCAGGUUACCCUACCCCGUGGUAACCUGCUACUUAUCGGGGGUGACCUUGCGUAUCCCAAUCCAUCAGCAUUUACAUAUGAAAGACGUUUGUUUGUACCCUUUGAGUAUGCACUCCAACCUCCUCCUUCAUAUAAAGCUGAGCAGAUAGCCGUGAAUAAGCCCUUUGGUGAUCAACUAAGACAGUAUGAUGGACCUCAGUGCUUCGUUAUUCCUGGAAACCAUGACUGGUUUGAUGGACUUCAGACUUUUAUGAGGUAUAUCUGUCAUAGGAGUUGGUUAGGUGGAUGGCUCAUGCCUCAGAAGAAGAGUUACUUUGCUUUGCAACUCCCCAAGCGGUGGUGGAUUUUUGGGCUUGAUCUUGCUCUUCAUGGUGAUAUUGAUGUGUACCAAUUCAAAUUCUUUACUGAGCUGAUAAUGGAAAAGGUGCAAGAGAAUGACUCUGUGAUCAUUAUAACUCACGAACCUAAUUGGCUUACUGACUGGUAUUGGAGCGAUGUUACUGGGAAGAACAUUUCACAUCUGAUUUGUGAUUAUUUGAAAGGAAGAUGUAAGCUAAGGAUGGCUGGGGACUUGCAUCACUACAUGCGUCAUUCGCAUGUAAAGUCAGACGGGCCUGUCCAUGUCCACCAUCUUCUUGUAAAUGGUUGUGGUGGAGCAUUUUUACAUCCUACCCAUGUUUUCAGUAAAUUUAGUAAAUUUGAUGGAGUUUCCUAUGAAUGCAAAGCUGCAUAUCCUUCCUUUGAAGAUUCAAGCAGGAUUGCACUGGGAAAUAUCCUUAAAUUUCGGAAGAAGAACUGGCAAUUUGAUUUUAUCGGCGGCAUCAUAUAUUUUGUCCUAGUAUUUUCAAUGUUUCCUCAAUGUGAGUUGAAUCACAUUCUCCAAGAUGAUACAUUCUCAAAUCAAUUAAGCAGUUUCCUUGCAUAUUCUUUUGUUCCGCCAAAGUUGUCACGGAAGAAACGAUUAAUGAUUGGAGUUCUUCAUGUUGCUGCUCAUCUUGCCGCAGCUCUGAUUCUUAUGUUACUUCUUGAAAUAGGCAUUGAAAUAUGCAUCCGGCAUAAAUUGCUGGCAAAUUCAGGUUAUCACUCGUUAUAUCAAUGGUAUCAAUCGGUGGAAAGUGAACAUUUUCCGGAUCCAACUGGCCUCAGAGCUCGUAUUGAACAAUGGACAUUUGGUCUUUAUCCAGCAUGUAUCAAGUAUUUAAUGUCCGCUUUUGAUGUACCAGAGGUCAUGGCUGUCUCUCGAAACACUAUUUGCAAAAAUGGAUUAGACUCUAUUUCCCGAGGGGGUGCCGUAAUCUAUUAUGCUUCCGUCUUCCUUUACUUUUGGGUUUUCUCUACUCCGGUUGUUUCAUUAGUGUUUGGAAGCUACUUAUAUAUUUGCAUUAACUGGCUCCAUUUGCACUUUGACGAAGCCUUCUCCUCUCUCAGAAUAGCUAAUUACAAAUCAUUCACACGAUUUCACAUCAAUUCUGAUGGCAAUCUUGAAGUUUAUACUCUCGCAGUUGAUAAGGUUCCUAAGGAGUGGAAGCUUGAUUCUGAUUGGGAUGGAGAGACAAAGAAUCCACAAAUUUCGAGCCAUUUGAGACGCUUUCCAAGCAAAUGGAGGGCAGCCGUUUCCCACCAGGAUCCAGUACAUACAGUCAAAAUUGUCGAUCAUUUUACUAUUGACCGAACUGAAGAUAAAAAUGAAUGCGAUGAUACCGAUUCUAAAGGGCCAGUAGAUCAAUGA